CCACUGGCAGCCCCAGAUAAAGGAGGAAGUGUACAGAUGCCGUCGGACUGGUUCUGCCUUCCACUUCAACACUCGCCUGGUGUGGAGAGAGAGAGAGGGGCGAGGAGACUGAAUGUAUUUUAUUUUUUUUUACCCUCUUCGGCGGCUUCUGAUGUCAAGCGGUGUCCCGGCAGGAAAGUAGCCUGAGUGAGCGAUUGCAGCAUGCAGUCGGACGACACCUAUAAUUUUGUCUUCAAAGUGGUUUUGAUCGGCGAGUCCGGCGUGGGCAAGAGCAACCUGCUGACACGCUUCACCAAGAAUGAGUUUAACCACGACAGCCGCACCACCAUCGGCGUGGAGUUUAGCACGCGCACCGUCCAGCUGGAUAACUGCACCAUCAAGAUGCAAGUGUGGGACACGGCCGGCCUGGAGCGCUACCGGGCCAUUACCUCAGCGUACUACCGCGGGGCGGUGGGGGCCCUCCUGGUCUACGACAUCAGCAAGCACCUGACCUACGAGAGCGCCGAGCGUUGGCUCAAAGAACUCUAUGACCACGCCGACCCGCAUAUCGUGGUCAUGCUGGUGGGCAACAAGAGGGACCUGGAGGACCUGCGCACCGUGCCCGCCGAGGAGGCCAGGGCCUUCGCAGAGAAAAAGGGUCUGCUGUUCAUGGAGACGUCGGCAUUGGACUCCAGCAACGUGGAGGCGGCCUUCAUCGACAUCCUGACCGCGAUCCAUCGCAAGGUCGCCAGCCGAGAGGUCACCCGGGGCUCCAUCAGCGCCGUGACACUGUCGGGAACGGUCCGACCCACCAGCGAGGCACAGGAGGAGCAACGGCGAUGCUGCAAAAACUCGUAACUCCACCCUCUGCGCCCCCACUCCUUUUAUUUUUUUAUUUUUGCUACUGACAUUUGUCUUUAAUGAUACACCGGUGCCUUGAUUUGCGAGUUCGAAUCCGUACCAUGAGCACACUCGUAACUUAAAACACGUAAAUCACAAAUCAUCCCAACAGUUGAUAUGACGGGAAAUUCGGUGAAUCCGUUCCAGCGCCCCCCCCAAAAAAAACACCAACAAAAAUGUCUACCACAUUGUAGUUUAGAUUUUUAUUAAAAAAUCGUGUAAUUAAACACAAUGUACAGAAUGAAACGGUUUGUGAAUCAUGCUUUUUCAAUGGCCAUUGUGCUGCUCCUUCUGGUGUGCAUUCCUUGGCCAUCAGAGGGCAGUAUAAUACAUGCUCAGUAAGCUGCAGCUAUAGUCGUCAUUUUUGCAGAGGAUAAAGACCAUAUGCCUGUGAGUCUUGUUUGUAUGCAUGUGUUACCAUUGGUGUUCAAAUAGCACUUGUUAAACAUUGAGCAAUACUGUGAUAUGGAUGCUAGUUUCAAUAGCUUGUCUAUGAGUUUUUAGAUUGUGUGUUAGCAUAAAGCUAGUGAACCUCUUAAAGACCUGUUAACUGUCUGCCAAACUACUAUUUGUUGUCAACUUGGCUUCCAUCAUAGCUAACGAUCGCAACUGAAGAUUUUUCUUUGCAACUUGACCAAAAACAAUUGUCGGAACAAUGGCUAGCAUGUUGAACAAAACGCACGCUAAAAUGUUCUGGCUGCUUGCGUGAAAUUUUUCCCCCCAAAUUCCAAUCCCAAUUUUAAUUGUCAAGUUGCCGAGCUGUUGUAAACUGGCCCUCAUUUGGAAUAAUAAUAAAUAAUAGACAACGUUCCAUUUUUUUUUUGGUCAUGCCCCAAGCCCCCCCCCCCCAAAAAAGACUAAAAGCAUUGAAGUGCGAUUGAUGCGAUAUGAAAGAACACUCCUAAAGGUUACUUUUGGUGAUUCGUGAGUAGCUCUGAAUAUAAUUAUUCUAAUUAUGGGCAGCAUUCUUCCCAAAGUGGCAUGUGGCUUUGGAAAGCACAUUUCUAACGACGUCAUUCGCGUUUACAUUUUUGUGAUAAGUAUUUGAUGACAGCGCGGUUUUCCGCUCGUAAAAUCGUGACCCCCUCAAUCUUUGUGUUGCUGAAAAUGGUGACUUUCUGCUCUAAAGUUAUUCUUCUCUAGUUCCAACUAGCUUACGUAACGCUAUAAGUUUUCCUGUGAUGUUUAAUUUUUUUUUUUAAUUUGUAUUUUUUAAAUUAUUUUUUUUAAUGACUUAAUCGUGCACAGUAAUGUUCCGAACCCUUUCCUACACCCUGUAACCUGAUAACAUGAUAAGCCGUCCACUGUAGUGACCGCUGUCCCUGGAAGGGUUAAAUUGUGAUUGUUUUAUUUUUAUUAUUAUUUUUUUUUUAAUUUUUAACAUUUUGACUCUUGUAAAUUGUGGCUCAAACCAAGGAAUAUUAACUUCUCCCCCCUCAUAAUUUCCAGUACAAUUUUUUUUCUUUUUAAUCUCUUCGAGUGUGUGACACUCUAGACUAGGGGUAUCAAACUUUUUUGUCGUGAGCCACACUGUAGUUACGGUUUCCCUUGGAGGGCCGUUAUAAAAGAAUUUUCUAAAACCAUAUCAAUGUUUCACCACCUCCAGAUAUUACAUACACAGUGAACAACAAAUUGAUGGCUAACUUGUUUAGAAAUCAGAAUUCAAGAAUAAUGGCUUGUUCGAGUAUUGUUGCUAUGAAUUAGAAAUGACAAUUUUGAAAUUUGGGUUCAGACUUUAGCAGGCAUCAUGGAAGUUGACAUGCUUGAUUUGCUUUUGUGGGCCAUAUAAAAUGAUGUGGCGGGCCAGAUCUGGCCCCUGGGCCUUGUCUUUGACAUCGUGCUCUAGACAAUAUUGUGCAUGUUUCUUUGUGAAUUUGUUGCCUGACAGGCGUCUGCAGUCACACUGGUGAGGAUUUUGAAAUGGAAGUUGCAGUUUCCCUAAAACAAGUCACAAUUUUCCGAGAAAGACCUAACAAUACAAGAUGAAACUUUUUCAGAGGGGGAAAGACAAUAAAGGUGCUUUCCGGAAAUUUGCUUUCGAAAAUGUUAAAACACGUCUACAUUUUUCCAAAUUGAAUGCCAGCCGACGAGCAUGAUUUAAAAGCGGCGUAUCUUGCCAUCCAUCCGGCCCGAAGAGCCUGGCCGCUGGCGGGUUGCCGUGGCAACCUUGGCGUUAGCUGAGAGGCGGCGAUCAGGUGACGUCGCCACAAGAAGACGAGGCGUCAAGUCGCCUCCGUCAGAUCACCUUGCAAGCCUGCAAGUUGCAACACAAACCAUUUCCAGGAAGCCCGAACACAUUAGACUAAUUCAUUCGGACCCGCCCAGCCGCGUCUCACUUAAUCCCGUGCGGUGAGCGCUACACGUGGCAAGCCUGCGUACACUUUUGGCCCACAACUGGCGGAUUCGGUUUUUCAAAUUUAAUCAUUAGCAUAAGAAUGUUGAAUUUCCAGUUUGGCAUUGAACCAUUUAUUUUUCAUCUCCGUUCAAGUCUUUUAAAUAAAAUGUCAUCUCAA